AUGAGCUCUCAAGUCAAGCUAUUCCUCUACCCCGCGAGCAGUGAAUUGGCAGACCAAGGAGCGCUGCCUCGCUGCUCUGCGCAGCUUCCUCUCCGAGAGGUGGCUAAGCUCUUCCUGUCCACAGGCCAAGCUGCUGGCUGCGUGGUGAACGAACUGGGCGACCCCGUUGGCGUCAUUACAGAAGAUGACAUUCUCCAGAGUUAUGUCCAAGGCGCCCCAUGGACCACUACAGUCGGACAAUGGAUGAGAGGAGGAGGCGGCGUCGCAUUCGAUGCGCCGGGUCUAGAGAAGACCCGAAGCGAGCAGCCCUUGCGUGAAGCUUUGCCGUCUUUGCGGCAAGCACCAUCUCGACGUGCAGCCCGACCGCAGCUGCUGGUUGAACAGCAGCCUAGCGCCGGUUAUGCUGGAGGGUUGCUGUCUGCGCGGAGCAUCGUGCAAGCACUUGCAGAGGGUCAGGCUCGGGACUUGCUUGAUCUUCUGGGUCUAUGCCACAGCACUCGCUGGUCAGUGAAGGACGUCAUGGAGCCUGUUGACCAGGCACCCAUGCUUAGAGCAGGCUUCACAAUCCGCGAGCUGCUGCAGGAGCUCCUCGCCUCGCCGAGCCGAGCUGCCUUGGUCAUGGAUGGCAGCAGGAUUCGUGGCCUAGCGACUGUGGCAGAUGCCCUGUGGGCCUUUGACCAGCAACUCUCCCAUACUUUGGAAGCUUGGAAUCGUUUGGCCUCGAGACCCGGCCGACUGGCGCUCAACGGCCAAUCCAUUCCGGCCGACGCAGACCUGACCCAGGCGCUGACAGCGCUGGCUUCACCCGACAGCGCCACGCGGCAUCUUGUUGCCAUGGAACCUGGGACCAGCAACGUUGUCGGCGUUGUCUCUCCAGAGCAAGUUGUUUCCCGACGCAGCUCUCGGCAAGCGGUUGCCGUUCCGAGCUGCGCGCCACAGAUCAAGAUCGAGCGGAGGCACAAGAGCCGAGAUGAGGGAGUCGUGAAGAAGGAGGAGGAGACCGACGAGCAUCCAUCGGCCGGUGCCAAGAUAAAGACAGAAGUUAAGGUUGAAGUAGAGGAGGUGAAGUGUGAAGAGCCAGCACCCAAGAAGCGAGCGGUGAUGAGGAAGAGCAAGCUGGAAAGAGAACUCGAGGGCGACUUGCCCCAGCAAGUCACCUUGGCCGAAAUCGUGGCCCGCCGAGAGACGGCGACAUGUUCUGUAACCUAUACCCUCACAGACGCUGUCGAUGCAUUGGUAUCUACGGAAAGGACCGCUGCAGUGGUCUUUGAUGAAGAUGGCAGAGUUCAAGGUGUACUCACGGAGAAUGACGUGCUGGCUGCAUUGGUUGAGGGAAUCCCAUGGCAAUGUCAAAUUUCAGAAUGGUUGAAGGGCAGCUAUGCUCGCCUUCCUGGCUUUAUGGUUCCAGCUUUGACCCUGCCCGCGACAAGUCCGAUAGCGGAAGCUGCUGCCGAGAUGACCAGCCUUGCUGAGGACGGAAUUGGCUUCGCGUGCCAUCACAUGCUUGUCCACAGCAAAAAUGAUGGGGAAAACUCGUCCUUGCGCAUCCUCUCCGCAUUGGACAUUGCCCGCGGCAUGAUCGAUACCAUCGCAGCGCGAGCGGUCACGGGUGAGGGUGGAAUGGCGGCAGACUCCGUGGUCACCGCCGCUGACCUCACCGUUGAGCAGGCAAUGAAGGAUCGAGCGGGAGUGUGUACAUGCAAGCUGAGGGAUUCCUUGCAGAAAGUUUUUGAGACCAUGCACGAUGCGCGCCAGAACUGCGCUCUGAUCGUCUCUGGUGGCGCAGUCUCAGUGGACGCGGCCCUGGAUGGGGACCUACCCGAGGGCAGAGUCGAAGCCGAAGAAGACCUCACCCCGGAGGAAGAGCAAUGGCAGCAGGAGCAUGGAGAGGUCAUGGGUGUUGUCACCUCUUCAGACGCAUUGCGAGCCUUCUCAGAACAUCUCAGAGGAAACACAACAACGGUAGCUGGCUGGCUGCGAGGGCUGACCAUCCAGGAGCACAAGACAGUUGCUCAGCGAUCAAUCCAAUGCAGCGCAACGUUGGCGGAGGCAGCGCUGACCAUGUCAGAAUGCGAUUUCCACCACUUGCUCGUCGUCGACGAGGAUGGCGAUGUCAUUGGAGUGCUCUCUGCGCUGGACAUAGUGUGUGCUCUGGGGGCAUCGUACAGGUAUGACCUGACGUCACCCCGCUUUGUAUAG